AUGGAGCAAAUGAGCAGGAUGAACUCGCGUGUGGACGAGAUACAGGAUUUCGUCAAGACGAACAUCCCUACCUCGACUGUCAAUAAGAAGGGUAAGCAAGUUUCAUUUUCUAACCAAUUACCAUCGCAGGCCACUAUCAACCCGAGGAAUCAAGGGUCCUCAUCGAGCCAAACGCACAAUCUGAGUCAUGUGCAUGUUGACGAGGAGGAAGUGGAAGCUGCAGUAGCGAUAUCGAGCCUUAGGAGCAGCAAGGAUUUACCUGAUCCUUACAAGGAUCAUCCUUUACAUAAGAGCUCGAUAGAUGAUGAGACACCGACAAUCGUAGUAGAGCCAGACAGUAGUUCAGAUGAUGAGGAAGAACAGGUGCAAGUUGAGCCAAAUCCAGAGACAUACAAACCACCCGUGCCAUAUCCUCAAACAUUGAGUAAGCCUAAGGCUAAGGUUAGUGAAUCUGAUAUUCAUUUAUUAGAAACCUUCCAAAAGGUUACCAUUACCAUCCCUUUAGUAGAUGCAAUUAGGCAUAUACCUUCUUAUGCUAAAUUCCUUAAAGGCAUAUGCACACACCAUAGAAGCCCCAAGAGGAUCCAAUUGAGUGAGAAUAUUAGUUCCAUUAUGAUGAAUUCUCUUCCUAUUAAAAAGAGAGAUCUAGGAGCUCCCAUGAUUACGAGUGAGAUUGGAGGAAUGAUUUUUACUAGAUCGUUGUUAGAUACCGGAGCUAGUAUCAAUAUCCUCCCUAAAGCCGUAUAUGACCGUCAUCAUGUAGGGGAAUUGCAGCCUUUCCUUAUAGAGUUAUGUUUAGCGGAUGGAUCGGUAAGGAAGCCUCAUGGCAUAGUAGAAGAUGUGAUUGUUAGAAUAGAAGGAUGUUAUUUUCCGGUAGACUUCCUAGUUGUAGAUAUGAAGAUCACUAAGGAGCUUAGUCAAGCCCCAAUUAUCCUAGGAAGACCUUUCUUAGCUACCGCAAAAGCCGUUACAGAUUGGAGAAAAGGAGAAGUGAUUCUUAAGGUGGGAGAGCAUACGGUGAAGGUCAACAUCAACAAGUUGAUGAAGUAUCCUUCACAAGCUUUCGAGGAUUUGGGCGCCAUCGACCUGUUUGAUGAUCAAGACAUAGAGACUUGCAUCGAAGAAGUCAUGACGGUCAACGAGGGAGCUGAUUUCGAGGAGCUACCGUUGGACGAUCCGACAGGGGAGCUCAAGCCUCUUCCAUCUACACUCAAGUACGCUUUCCUUGACUCUCAGCAGGUUAAACCAGUGAUCAUUUCUUCCCAGCUCAAUGAGGAGCAGGAGAAACGAUUACUCGACGUAUUACGAUGGAAUGAGCAAGCAAUCGGAUGGACUCUCGCAGAUUUGAGGGGAUUAGACCCUUCAUUAUGCACUCAUCACAUAUUCUUAGAGGACGAGUCCAGACCCGUGAGGGAAGCCCAGCGUCGACUUAAUCCUAAGGUAUGGGAAGCCGUUAAGGAAGAGAUUCUUAAGUGGCUUAAUGUAGAGAUUAUCUAUCCCAUAUCGGAUAGCCAGUGGGUUAGUCCCGUGCACGUGGUUCCCAAGAAGGCAGGAGUUACGGUGACCGUGAACGACAAAGGAGAGGAGAUUCAAACACGCCUCCCAACAAAGUGGCGAGUUUGUAUCGACUACCGGAAGUUGAAUGCAGCGACGAAGAAAGAUCACUUCCCGUUGCCAUUCAUCGAUCAAAUCCUUGAUCGACAAGCAGGUCAGACUUACUUUUGUUUCUUGGAUGGUUAUUCAAGGUACAACCAGAUUGCGAUUCAUCCGGACGAUCAAGAAAAGACGACGUUCACAUGUCCCUUUGGCACGUUCGCAUUUAGGCGAAUGCCAUUCGGAUUGUGUAACGCCCUUGCGACAUUCUAGAGAUGUAUGACGGCGAUAUUUUCCGAUUUUCUUAGCGACAGUCUCGAAGUCUUCAUAGACGAUUUCUCUGUCUUUGGAGAUGAUUUCGACAGUUGUCUAACUCACCUAACAAAGAUCCUCGAGGUCUGCGUCAGGAAACGACUGGUAUUGAGUUGGAAGAAAUCCCAUUUUAUGGUGCGAUAGGGAGUAGUGCUCGAGCAUCUCAUCUCGGGCAAAGGUUUGGAGGUUGAUAAGGCCAAGAUUGAGGUCAUUCAAAACCUUCCUCUCCCCACUACAUUACGAGAUUUAUGUAGUUUUUUAGGACACGUUGGUUUCUACCGCAGGUUUAUACGAGAUUUUGCUAAAGUUUCCAAACCGCUAACCACUCUUCUUUGCAAGGAUAAAGACUUUUUUUAUAGAUAAAGAAGGGGAGCGCGCAUUCGAGAUGUUGAAGCUCGCCUUGAUCAAAGCACCAAUUCUUCAAAGUCCUAAUUGGGACUUGCCUUUCGAGAUCAUGUGCGACGCCUCAGACUAUGCAGUUGGAGCGGUGUUGGGACAGCGGAUAGAUAAGAAGCCAACAGCUAUAUGGUAUGCGAGUAAAACCCUUGCUGAAGCUCAAAUGAAUUACACGACGACAGAAAAGGAGCUCUUAGCGGUGGUCUACGCGUUAGAGAAGUUUAGGCCUUACAUCUUGGGAAGCAAGAUUGUUAUUUAUACAGAUCAUGCAGCGUUAAAGUACUUGUUUUCCAAGAAGGAGGCGAAGCCACGAUUGAUACGAUGGGUGCUGCUUCUUCAAGAGUUUGACUUGGAGAUUAGAGAUAAGAAGGGCAGCGAAAACUCGGUGGCGGAUCACCUAUCUCGUCUUCACAUUUCAGGUACGGGAGAUAUUAGUGAUUCUUUUCCUGAUGAGCAUCUUCUUGCAGUAUCUAGUCAUGUUCCUUGGUUCGCGCAUAUCGUCAAUUUUCUAGUGACAGGAUCGAUCCUAGAUCAUUGGAACCGGCAUCGUAAAGAUAAGUUCUUCCAUAAACUCAAAUAUUAUUAUUGGGAAGAACCACUUUUGUUCCAUGUAGGAUACGAUCAAAUUAUACGGCGAUGCGUAGCGGAAGAAGAACAAGGAAGCAUAUUAUCGAUGUGUCACUCAUCAGUGUGUGGAGGACAUUUUGCCGCGCGAAAGACAGCAGAUAAGAUUUUACAAAGCGGUUUUUAUUGGCCCACCAUCUUCAAGGAUGCCCACUGUUUCUAUACGGAGUGCUUACAAUGUCAGGCAACAUUAAACAUCUCCAAGCGAGAUGAAAUGCCAAUGAGGCCUAUCCUUGAAGUAGAGAUAUUUGAUUUAUGGGGGAUCGACUUUAUGGGACCUUUUCCACCUUCUGAUGGGAAAGAGUAUAUUUUGGUAGCGGUUGAUUAUGUGUCUAAGUGGGUGGAGGCUAUUCCCACUAGGACAAACACUCAUCGGGAAGUACUCAGGUUUGUAACGAGAAACAUCUUCUCCCGAUACGGUUGUCCGAGGGCCAUAAUCAGUGACGGAGGCUCGCACUUCAACAAUGCACACUUUCGUGCAUUAUUGAAGAAAUAUGGAGUACAUCAUCGCGUCACUACACCGUACCACCCCCAAGCUAAUGGGCAAGUUGAAGUGAGCAACCGAGAGGUCAAGAAUAUUUUAAAGAAGAUCAUUCGACCAGACGGUAAGGAUUGGGCGCACAAGCUUCCAGAUGCAUUAUGGGCGUAUAGAACGGCUUACAAGACACCUAUCGGGAUGUCUCCGUUCCGACUCAUAUUUGGGAAGGCGUGCCAUCUGCCAGUUGAGCUCGAGCAUAGAACCUAUUGGGCAAUAAAGAAGCUCAACCUAUCUCUGGACGAAGCAGGUAAACAUAGACUUCUCCAGCUGCAGGAAUUACAAGAGUUAAGGCGUGACGCGUACGAGAACGCGGAGAUCUACAAAGAAAAGACCAAGGCCUUUCAUGACAAGAACAUCAGAAGAAGAACUUUCAACGUCAAUGAAAAGGUUUGGUUAUAUAACUCUCGCCUUAAGCUUUUUCCAGGUAAGCUGCGCUCACGAUGGGACGGUCCGUACGUGGUUGUGGAAUCGUUUGACAACGGAUCAGUGCUUAUUUCCGACCCUAAAUCCGGCAAACAAUUCAAGGUAAAUGGGCAUCGUCUAAAGCCCUACCUUACAGCAGAGCCACCCACACCAGCAGAUAAGGUAAAUCUGCAUCUCUCCGAGGUACAUGAGGACGUGAUAAAGGUAACACCCUCAUCUCAUCGAUCAUUGUAG